UUGACUUCAGGUACCUCUUCUCUUCUUAAGUCUACACAACUCCCCUCGAAUUCCUUUCCCUAUCGCUACAUAUCUCAAAAUGUGGAACUCUCCCAAGGUCGGCAUCCUCGGUGGGGGCCAGCUGGGUCGCAUGCUGGUUGAAUCCGCGAAUAGACUCAACAUCCAAGUCAAUAUCCUCGAUGCGGAGAGCGCUCCAGCGAAGCAAAUUAGUUCCCACGAUGGCCAUGUCACCGGCUCCUUCAAAGAGCGUGAGGCUGUGCAGGAAUUGGCCAAAAAGUGCGAUGUCAUCACCGCGGAAAUUGAGCAUGUCGAUACCUAUGCUUUAGAGGAGGUUGCGUCGCAGGUCCAGAUCGAGCCCAGCUGGCAGGCAAUUCGCACAAUUCAGAAUAAGUUCAAUCAGAAGGAGCAUUUGGCGAAGUAUGGUAUUCCUAUGGCACAACAUCGCGAGUUGGUUGAAAAUACUGCGGAGGAAUUGGCCAAGGUUGGCGGGCAGCUAGGGUAUCCCUUGAUGCUCAAGUCGAAGACUAUGGCUUACGAUGGACGUGGCAACUACCGCAUCAACUCUAAAGACGAUAUCCCAGACGCUCUUGAAUUCCUGAAAGGACGUCCAUUGUAUGCAGAGAAAUGGGCCUAUUUCCAGAAGGAAUUGGCUGUUAUGGUUGUAAAAACCAAAGACGACAUUCUCUCUUACCCCACCGUGGAGACUGUUCAGGAGGACUCGGUAUGCAAGCUGGUGUACGCCCCCGCCCGCAAUGUAUCAGAUGCCAUCAACCAAAAGGCACAAGAGCUAGCCCGUAAAGCCGUUGCAGCCUUCGAUGGGAAGGGUGUUUUCGGUGUCGAAAUGUUCCUUCUCGAAGACAACAGCCUCCUCCUUUGCGAGAUUGCAAGCCGAAUCCACAACUCUGGACACUACACCAUCGAAGGAUGCGCCCUCUCCCAAUUCGAUACCCACCUGCGCGCUAUCCUCGACCUCCCCAUUCCUCCCGAGAGCCUCAAGAUCCGCCAGCCAUCCAUUAUGCUCAACAUCAUCGGUGGGGCUGCUCCAGACACCCACCUCAAGGCCGCAGAGGCCGCUCUCUCCAUCCCCAACGCCAGCAUCCACCUCUACAGCAAGGGCGCCGCCAAACCAGGCCGUAAAAUGGGCCAUGUCACAGUGACUGCUGCUACCAUGCACGAAGCAGAGGCCUACAUCCAGCCCCUAAUCGACGUCGUAGACGAGAUCCGCUCACAGCGCUCCGACGUCAAGACCCAGCCCCAGAAGUCCGGCCCCUCGAAGCCCGUCCCCUCCGUAGCAGUCAUCAUGGGUUCCGACAGUGACCUGAAAACCCUGGUUCCGGGACUCAAGCUCCUCCGCGACUUCUUCGGCAUCGAGCCCGAAGUCGAUAUCACCUCUGCUCACCGAACGCCAACCUACAUGGCUGAAUACUCCGCCAAAGCUGCAGCCCGCGGCAUCAAGGUCAUCAUUGCCGCUGCAGGCGGUGCGGCCCAUCUCCCUGGAAUGGCUGCUGCGCAUACCGCUCUCCCUGUCAUCGGUGUACCUGUCAAGGGCAGCUCCUUGGAUGGCGUAGAUAGCCUCUACAGCAUUGUGCAGAUGCCUCGAGGUGUCCCCGUCGCCACAGUCGGAAUCAACAACAGCAUCAACGCGGCUCUCUUAGCCGCUCGCAUUCUCGGUGCCUUUGACCCCGCCAUCCAGAGCAAGGUCGAGGCCUACGCUGAAAACGCUAGGGCAGAGAACAUGGAAUUAAAGGGUACGAAAAUGCGAGAGCUUGGGUGGGAAAGGUACUUCAAUCAAAUGUGAGAGGGUGAGCAUGAUAUAUAUCAGAAAAGUUUCAGGAGUCAUUAUAUAGAGUC